GGCUGAAUUUGCCCCACACAAUCUGCAAACAAAUUGGCCUGCUUUUCCUUUAAGAAAACGUUCAAACCGGAAACAAAACUGUCAGCCGUGUAUGUGUUCAUGAACAGGUUGAAAAGUCCAGGGAUCGGUUUGCUUCGAUGUAUAUAACUUGAACAUACAUAAAAAAUAUCGCGGCGAAUAAAGCUUGCGCUGACUGACUCAUGGUGUGUCAAAGACCUAAACACAGAAUAUGGCCUGUGCAGACGAACCCCCUGAAAAGCACUGCUGGGUAUGCUUUGCCACAGAGCGGGAGGACCGGGUGGCAGAGUGGGUGAGCCCCUGCCGGUGUAGAGGCUGCACCAAGUGGAUCCAUCAGAACUGCCUGCAGCGCUGGCUAGAUGAAAAGCAGAAGGGCAAUGGCGGUGGGGCUGUCAGCUGUCCACAGUGUGGCACUGAGUACAGCAUUGUCUUCCCCAAAAUGGGCCCACUGGUGUAUUUCCUGCAGCAGGUUGACAGAGCUCUGUCUAGAGCCAGUCCAUUUGCAGCUGCAGGGGUGGUGGUUGGCACUGUCUACUGGUCAGCUGUCACCUAUGGAGCUGUCACUGUAAUGCAGGUAGUAGGCCACAAAAAGGGCUUAGAUGUGAUGGAGCGUGCCGACCCACUGUUCCUGCUCAUGGGUUUGCCCACCAUUCCCGUCAUGCUGGUCCUGGGGAAGAUGAUUCGCUGGGAGGACUAUGUGGUGCGGCUGUGGCAGCGGCAUUCUGCCAAACUUAAUGGCAUCGUCCCCGGACUCGGGCGUGCUCUACCCCGCGUGCCAGCUGAAGGGGGCUAUGGAGGGGACCACGUGUCCGUGUCACGCACCCUGUGUGGGGCCCUCAUCUUCCCCUCCAUCGCCAACCUGGUGGGCCGGCUCAUGUUCCGCAGGAUCACCUCCAACCUACAGCGCACCAUCCUAGGAGGCAUUGCCUUUGUUGUGAUCAAAGGGAUUCUGAAGGUGCAUUUCAAACAACAGCAGUACCUCAUUCAGGCCAACCGCCACAUCCUUGACUACCCUGCUCGAGAACAGCGGGCAGAUGAUCACAGUGAGGAAGACAAUGAGGACAGUGGAAACGAGUAGAGACAGGAAGGCCCCUUCACUGCAGAGUCUCCCUCAGCUCCUCUGGGUUCUAUUGUAAAAACUAUACAUGCCUCCAUUAACAUAAACAUAAACAUAAACAAUCAUGGAACUGUUUUAAUGACAGUAUCAUUAUUCAUUGUAAAAUCCGAUCAGACUGUAGAGAUAAUAGUUAUUUUAUUUUAUUUUCAGAUUUGAAUCAAUAAACUUAUAUGAUUGUU